AUGAUCAAACUUGUACUUUUGUUACUCAUUGCACUCUGUUGUUGUGCAUUUGCAGACCGCAGUGUUAUCGUCAAUAACCUUGGAGACCAAGCAGUUCGCUCAUACUCUGUAAUUGUUAGCGCUGCUUCAAACACCUUUACUGCCAGUGGCCGUGCAGUAUUUAGUUCAUUGUUUGGUGGCGGCGCAAAGGCCAAGACCGAUGGCUCAAUCUUUUACUUUAACGGACAACGUUGCACAUACACUUAUGUGCACAAGACCUUUGAUGCCAUCAUCAAUGGAGACAAUGGAACUAUUUCCAAGUCCGAGACAUUUGCUGCUGUCUUCUCACCAUUCAUUAUAAUCGAGUAUGAGGAGACUAAUGGUGUUGAGGGCUACCAAUACGGCAACGAUACACUCCUUGGAUGGGCUCGCAAUGACAAGUGGGACGCAACUGACUACUGGAAGUUCUCUGUCACAAAGGCCAACUUCACCACGACCACCCCAGACAACCAGAGCAUCCCAUUCACUGUCACCACGGUCAAUGCCACCUCACCAAAUGGACUCUUCUCUCUGAGCUUCUCCAUCUCGGAUGCACCAGUCAGUGUCAAUGAUACUGACAUCACUGCCGAUCAGACCAAGAUCAACAUCGAGAUCAAGGGCUACUACGAUAACAAUGUUAACCCAGCCACCAAGAACUGCGACGUCAAGCCAGGCAACUUUGCCUGCCAGUCCACUGGCGCUUCAAACAACAACAACUCACGUUUGGCUCUUGGAUCAUUCGUUGGAGUUGGUACUGCUAACGCCCUAUUCAGAUCAAGUCCACAUGGAUUCCUCAAGACACAUGGUGGCGGCAACGUCGACGCCGUCUUUGACUGGGCCACUACUGUCAGCAUCAACGGAGCCAACGCCACGGCCAACGUGUCUACCUCUUUCUCUGACUUCAAGAAGGGAGAGGGACACCUUAAUCCAGAUGUCAACGUCGAUGGAGACUCUAACAAUAUUGGUGCACAAAUUAUGGUCCAUUCAUUCGACUACAUCAGACCACAAUCAAUCUAUUGGGAUCCAACCUUUGGUGGUCAGAGCACUGGAUCAAUUGCACUUCCAUCGAUCAUACUCAUUGUAUCAACUAUAUUCGCCAUGUUGAUGUUGUAA